AUGGACGGAAGUGCAUAUGGAGACAUUGUAGCGCAACCGAACUGGACCCGUUCAACGCAUGAUUCCAAAUGGGCGGGUUAUCUCAAGUCGUCUGCACCCGAUAACACGAGUCGAAGACUCGCAGUCUACAGAGGUUCGCCUUUAUACAGUCGUCUUGACCAUCACACCAUGUCGAGAGCACAGCUACUCAAGCUAGCGCUACCGCUGGUGAAGACGCACGGAUUCACGCGGGAGGCACUUUCUCGCUCAGUGCUCUACCUUCCCGGCACGCCCCACGCAGAGCCGCUGUCCGAGACCGCGAUCUCCGCCCUAUUUGGAGACGGAGACAAUGCGCGGAGAACACUGCUCGACGCAUGGCUGGACGACGCGCGAACAGACAUGAAGUCGGCGCCAUCGCCAAUCAUGAAGGAUGUGCUGGCCUCCCGCUUGAGGCGGAACGAGCCCAUACUGCGGUGGCUUCCCGAGGCGUUUGGCCUGCUCAUAUCCCCGCCGUCCGGCGUCCCACCUCUCGACCCCUCGCCGGCACUGAAACACGUCGCCAGCAUCGCAGACGAAGCAUGCCACAUCGUCGGCGACACGUCCCUUGGCCUGUCUUGGUAUGCACGGAGAGCAUCAGUCGCCGCCGUCUACGGAGCCGCAGAACUUCACCAGCUGGCUUCUCCGGCGACUGCUUAUGAGUUCUUGGAGAGCCUCUUGAGUUCGUCAUCCAAUAUCGAGAACACCCUCGUUAAUACCGAGGCAUAUGCAAAAUAUAUCGGUAGAAGUUGGGCCGGGAUCAUCAAAAGCAGCGGUGUCUUCUGA